AUGGGCGCCGUUCACUGCAGCUGCGUGCAGCGAGAGGCCGAGUGUGACUCAGUGAGCCCAGGAGUAAUCACCGUCUAUGACGACGGAUUGCCCACUGAACGCAAGAGUUUCCAUGCUGAAGCAUUGGAGCAGUCUCCGGAAGAAUCUCGGAGAUGGGAAUCCGAUGCCACAUUGCCUGGCACGUUUUAUGGUCGCACCGAAGCGGAGCAGGCAACUGAAGACGCAGCAAAACACAAGAAGAGUGAGGCAACAAGGAAGCCAAUCGAGAAACUGGAGGCUCCAGAGUCACUGACCGCCCAUGGCGACGAAGCAAGUAGAGGUACUUUUCCUGACGAGGAUCCUCCUCUGCCACCGCCAGCCACUCCUCCGCGAGGGUCUAGCAGGAGCACGACGAAAUCCUUUCAAGAAGGUUCUAAGACGCAGCGGAUGCCGACAGUUGGCCCAACGAGCGCGCUGCCUGGUCGUCGUCACGCUGUCCAGCUUACAACAUCACAUUUUGUUUUAAAGACGCCCUUGCAUGGGCCCUAUCCCGAAGGGAUGCAGAAAUUUGUUUUUGCAUGUGGGUGCUUCUGGCAAGCAGAACGGGGUGCCUGGCGACUCCCCGGCGUGUAUAGCACAUCUGCUGGCUAUGCUGCUGGAUAUACACCGAACCCUACAUACGAUGAAGUCUGCAGUGAGGGCACAGGGGCUGCCCAGGCCGUGCAAGUGAUCUUCGAUCCAGGUAUCAUCAGCUUGAUCGACCUGCUGCGAUGGUUCUGGGAGUCACACGAUCCCACGGCAUGCCAUACGUCAGCAAAUGGGCUUCAGUUCCGUAGUGGCUUGUACUAUUUCAACACGCAGCAACAGGAGAUCAUGGAAAUUAGCCGGCAAGCGUACCAGGCGUUUCUGGAGCGUGCAGGAAAACGUUCAGGCUGCACGAUUGCAACUGAAAUCCUGGCCGCUUCCAGCUUUCAUACGUUUCCGGGUGACGUUUUCUAUGUCGCUGAAGAAGAGCACCAGCAGUUUUUGGCGAAACCUGGUGGUGGGGGUGCAGCCCCCUCCCGAUCUUCGGACGGUGGCACGGCAGACCCUGUGGAGAAGCUGCCGACGGAGAAGAAAGUGACUGACGACAAGGAGAAGGGCCCGCCGAGCAGUACUCCCCUGCCACAGACAUUCUCGGCUGCAAAGCUGAUGAUGCCGCCUGUGCGGAAGAAGGUGGAGCCAGCAAGGAGGCCAUCCAUGCCAGCCUUGGAUCUCUCCAAGCUUGCGGCAGAAAAGGAGGCGCUUAUGAAACAGCGUGCAGCGGCAGAGACAAGCAGCAAGGCUGUUUCGGCUGCAUCCAGUGUAUCCAGUGUGGCGAAGCCGGUUGAAACCGAUUCUGCAGCAGUCGCUUCAACAGCUCCGCUGAGCGAGCCAAUUGUUGCAAGUUUGUUCGGAGAUCCGAAUGAGGAAUACGACCCCGCCAAACCGAAUGACUACGAUGAGUUUUGCAGAAGGAGGAUGCGCCAGAAAGCUGAAGAGGAAAUGGAAAAGCGCCGCCAAGAGGCAGCUGCUCGACAGCAGGCCAGCAAGGCACCCCAAGCAAAGGAGGAGGAUUUUGCAACGAAAAUGAUGAAGAAGAUGGGUUGGAAGGAUGGUGCUGGACUUGGAAAAGAGGGUCAGGGUAUGGUGAACCCGCUUGUCAUGCAAAAAACUGACCAGAAGACGGGUCGCAUCGUCGAGGGUGUGAAGCGCGAGGCGACGGCGGCGCCUGCAGGCCAGCCGGAGUCGAAGCAGGCCAAAGCGUCUCCGAAGCUGCCACCGACCCGCGUGCUUCUUCUGACCAACAUGGUCGGUGCUGGAGACGUGGACGAGGACCUGCAGGAGGAGACGGCUGAGGAGGCCAGCAAGUAUGGCAAACUCAAGAAGCCGAGCCCUCAAUCAAGAAACAGCUCAAGAGAUUGUGAACGAGCUACACGGCGAUUUGCAGAUGCCUGCUGCAGCGUGAUCAGUGUUAUGGUGUGGGAGCCCACAUGCCAGUAG